UAUGUAAGAGAGGUACAUGCGGUUUUCCAUUGAAACAUUUUAUGCCAAAUAGCGUUUUUUUUAAAUACUGCAUUCUUAAAAGAAUAUCGUGAUGGCUCCGAGUAAAGGAGCUAAAAGGAAAUCAGACAGCCCUCACACAGAAGGUGUGGAGACAAAAAGGUACAGCACUCGUUCGUCUAGUAAGAAACGUGUAAGCUAUAACGAAAGUGACGAUGGCGAAGAAAACGAGGCUCCCUCAAAAAUUAUCAGUAGCUCGGAUGAUGAUGACUUUGUAAUUGAAGACAAAGAAGCAAUAAAGUAUGAGAAAAAAAAGAAGCAGUCACCACCAUCUACAAAUGCAUCACAAACGAAAAAGAAAAAUGUAAAGUAUUUGGCUCUUGGUCAUUCAGAUACUCCAAAACAGGCAAAUAGUAGACUUGUGGUAAAUGGACCAUUUAACAUAGGGUUCAAACCUGUAAGCAUUGAUAUUACAAAAAUGAAAUCUGAACUUGAUUUAAGUGAUUCUUCAGACUCAGACAGCUCAUUGAACAAUGAUUGCUGUUCGAAAACCCCAGCUUCCAAACUCACUUCUGAGACAGAUCAUGAAUUUGAAAGUGUUUCAUACAAGAAACAGGAACAGGGGCUGUGUUCUACAAUUAAAAACGAGCUUGUGGAAGAAUCUGAUAAAAUUAAUCCUUGGAUACAAAAUUUGGAAGCAUUAAAGAGUGAUGCCAGUGAACUACAAGAAACAAAACCAAAACAAAUAGAAAAGAAGCAACCAACAAGAGGAAAAAAAGUUAGACCACCUAGUAAGAAAAGCCCCAAAGUCCCCAAAAAGAAAGGCCAAACGGAUGAGAGCAGUGUAGCUGAAAUGUUAAAACUGGAAAAAGCUCAAGAUUCUUCAUCUUCUGACAGUGACGACGAAAACUGGGAGAAGGUAAAGGCGCCAUGCGUUGCCUCAGAACGAGAACAGGAAUUGCCCAAAAGUGUAGAGAUUACUCUUGAGCUUUCGGGAUUAAAACAGAAAAAAAAAGGUCUUGAUGUUGAAAACAUGAUUCGACUAAAAAUAAACCGUAUACGCAGGGAAAUUCAAUUGGAUUUACAUCGAACGUCUUUAGUUGGCCUUUUAGCACACGGCUACCUAGUCAACAAAAUGCUCAGCGAUCCUGAAAUCAUGGCUGCUGCGCUGUCUGUCGUCCCAUCUACAGGAUUUCCCCCAACUCGCACCGAUCUUAGCUAUCUGGAAAAAUUUCUGAAAUGGAUCUCAAAUCAUUUCAAGGUGAACACAUCUAAAACAAAAUACGGUAGUCCUGGAAAGCAAGAUAUUUUGAAUUGCGUCGCCUCUGGUAAAGCGCAAAGCAUUUCAGAAUUGGUGUGCACCUGCGUAUCGAUAUGCCGAUCGCUAGGCAUCUUGUCUCGCUUGGUUUUAUCACUUCAGCCUUUGCCGGCGAAAGUGGAUUCCAGUGAACUUCAACAAAAAUCACAGAGUACAAAGAAAAAGGUUGAGAAAACUUCAUCCGACCAAUCGCAAAACGUUACUCCUGAGCGUUCGGGCACUCACCGUUCGGCUUCUCAAAACACCAAAAAAACAGAUGUUGGAGCUGAGCCGACACCCAUUGGCACAAAAAGCAAUUCGAAAAAAAACCCAACUCGUGCGACAACUGAUCGUUGCAAAUCGAAACAACCUGUAAAGCCUCGUGUAGCAAAUGUUCGUGAAGCCAACAUGCCAAAACCGAGCACCUCAAAAAUCAAGGAUUCCAAAUCUCCAAUUAAGAGCACUGAUCAAACGAAAGAGGAACCGAAGCGCAGCAGAAGGAAGUCGGCCGAAAAACCCGUGAAAUACGAAGAAUCCCCUUUAGAUGAUACUGAGGAAGAAAUUUCUCGGCGUAAAUCUUCGCCGAUCAAAAAGCAAAUGGCAGUCAAGGAGAAACCAACUAGGAAUCUAAAAACCAUUGAAGCUAAGAAGCCCAAAGAGAAAAUAACGCCUAAACGUAGGAGAAAAAGCUCUUCUGACGAAUUUGAAGAGCCAAUGUCAGACGAUUCCGAGAAGCCGGCUCCAAGAAAAACUGCAAUAAAAAAGGAAGGCCAUGCCCGAUCUCAGAAAAUUAUUUCUACUGAUAGUGAAGGCGAAGCCUUAGCAAAACGGAAAAAAACUAUUGACAUCUGGAUGGAAGUCUAUUUAGAACAAGAAGAACAAUGGAUGAGUGUAGAUGUGAUUUCUGGUCAGAUUCAUUGUGACCGCAAUUUAGAGCGGAACGCUUCUGAUCCGCUUUUAUAUGUAGUGGCAUAUAAUUUUGACCUAACUUGGAAGGAUGUUACAGCACGCUAUGCUUCCUCAUUUUUGUCCACCACUCGGAAACAACGGGCACAUCCUACAUGGAAAAGGAUAUUGAGUAUUCAUCGAGAAAAACCGAGUCCGAGGUCCAAGGCAGAAGAUGAAAGUCUGGAAAAAAGUCUCGUGGAUAGACCAAUGCCCACCAGCAUCUCGGAAUUCAAGUCUCAUCCUCUCUAUGCGCUCCAGCGUCAUUUACUCAAAUUCGAAGCAAUUUACCCACCAUCUGCGAUUCCAGUGGGUUACAUACGUAAGGAGGCCGUAUACGCGAGAGAAUGCGUUAAAAAUCUCCAUUCACGAGAAACUUGGCUGAAAGAAGCGAAAGUGGUGCGAAUAGGCGAAAAACCAUACAAGAUUGUUAAGGCUCGUCCGAAAUGGGAUCGCCAUUCGCAAAAAAUGGUGACUGAUCAGCCACUCGAACUUUUUGGUGAUUGGCAGAUUGAAGAUUACAUUCCUCCACCAGCAGUAGACGGUGUGGUGCCCCGAAAUGCAUACGGUAACGUAGAAUUAUUUCUACCAACCAUGCUACCCAAAGGCACCAAGCAUCUUCAAAUACCAGGUUUGAACAAAGUUGCAAGAAGAUUAGGAAUUGAUUGCGCUCCAGCUAUGACAGGAUGGGAUUACCACGGUGGUUGGUCGCAUCCAGUUUACGAUGGAUAUGUCGUCUGUGAAGAACAUGUCGAAACUCUAAUAGACGCCUGGAGGGUGGCCAAUGAAGAACAAGAAAAGCGUGAAAGAGAAAAAAAAGAAAAACGGGUCUAUGAUAACUGGAGAAGACUGAUCCGAGGAUUGCUCAUCCGAGAUCGUCUCCAGACUAAGUACUUCAAAAAUGUCAUUGAAGAAGACAUAUCUCCGGUAGUUGAUGCUACCGCAAAUGAAGUUGUCCAGGUUGCUUUACCCAACCAGAAAAGUACAAAAACACCAUUAUCGAACAAGAGGCAGAAGAAAAAGUAAUUUUUAAAUAAGUAGUUUCCCUCCUUUCCGGUUUGUUUUACUCCUUCCUUCAUGUUUUACCCUUCGUUAAUGUUUUACCGUGUUUUGUUUCACAGUCGUUUCG